GGAGACUCUACAGUAGAUCCGCAGGAGGAGGUUAUGGAAUCUGAAGGGGGCGAAAAAGCAGAAAAUCCAUUGCUCUAUCAAAGAGAAAUCGAGCAGAGUGGGAACAAGACUUGUGGCAGAGUAGAGGAGAAGGCUGAGUUGAGCAGACGUGACAUUACACUAAGAGAUGCUACACCACAUAGACUAAAUGCAGAGACUGAAAUCAUUAAGUCAGAGGAGGGGAAGGGACCAUCUCCGAUCAAGACAUCUAAACCUUUUGAUCUGUACCCUAGUUUGAGUGUGUCACAAACAGCAUUUUCGGAUACUUCCUCGGUACUUUCUCCAGCCAGCAGCAGCGAGAAUUACAAUGAACCUCUAAAUCUCAGUACAGAUAUGGAGUUUACUGACAGUGAGACUGAAGCGAGACAUGCUGUAUGUAACAUCUCCUCUCACAGUGGACUAAACAUUAACAAUAGUAAUGUUACUUCACACACCAAACCUAAAGUUCAGCUCCCUUCUUUCUCCCCACAGAGGUUUCCGCAGUCAAUGUCUCCAUUACACGUAUCGGCUGGUUACGCUUCACCAGCUACCAGUAUCCAUGGCAACCAAUCCCCCACACGUUCAUUUCUCCCGGACGGUUUAUCGGAGAACAUCUCAGCUGUCAGAGUUAAAGUUAGAUCCCGUCACGCUAGUUUCUCGACACCCCCAAAAUCACCGGCCGAUUCUCAGUGGAGAUUAUUUAAAGUUAACAGAGACAUGAAGGAGGAAACCUUUGACGAUAUAAACGGAGAAAGGAAUUUCACACAGAGCCUAACUUUGAAGAAUGUUUGCGAUGCUAAACUAAAUGUAUCGGAUAAAGAAGACGGAAUAUCCCAAGUAUCCAGUUGUCCCUCCUCCCCACGACACCUGGGCUCCCCUGUUCGCAGUCUCACUUCUCCUGCUCGCCCUCCUGCUGUGUCCCCCGUACGCCCGGCUAUCCUCCCCGUUAAUUCCCCUGCUCGUCCCCUGCGUUGUCAUGGUAACGUGGAGCAGCGCCUCCCCCCUCACCGCAGCACCACCCCUUCUCCCUCACCCCCUUUCUCUACUCCACCCACCCUCCCUGCACGAUGCGUCUCUCCUAACUCCUUCACCCGGGCCAGUUCCUUCACUUUAAAGAGGAAGAUAGUGGAGCCGGAUUGUGCUAGUCCUCCCAAGAGACCGUGUACCAUGGGACUGGGGCACAGGUCCCCUACAGUAGAAUACAGGGCCAGGAACCACAGCCCGGCUCCUCUUUCUCCGCUAGCAGUCAGCUCCCAGUCUGCCCCUGAGGGCGAGGUGGUGAGAGAGGUUCCCAUUCACCUCCUGGACAAGAUAGAGCUAAUGAGCGAGCAUUUCAGUGCCAACACCAGCGACAACAGCUCUGAUUCGUCAGAUAGUCCUCCUAGAAACAUUAGAUUAACGGGCUGAGACCACGUAACCAUAACAACCACUGCACGUGGUAUGACGUCACAUUACGCGACUUGAGAUUAUGACUUGGUAGACUGGACCUCUGUCUCAAUUUCGAUAGUGAUUAUUGGUUUCGUGAAGGUUAAAUUCAGUCAAGUCAAGUUGAUACUCAGAGAAAAUUUGUGUAGAACUGAGCACCCGCCAGUUUGAUAACUUGAGACUGGUAAAAAUAAGUCACAACAAAGAAGGACCCGGUGCCUGCUCAAAGUGGGACACUGUGCAGAUAUAAUUACGUUCAAUUUUAUUUGAUUUUUUGCAAUUUCAGCCGCGGCAGAUAUGUAACUUUAUCACGAGUAGUAGUCAUCUCUGCAUAGAAUCAAGAAAUUUGAUUCUCUACAUAAAAUCUUUUUGGGUAAGUUUUUUGGUUAAUCGAUAUCUCACAAGUCAAAGCUAACUUUUUCGACAAAUUUAUUUGAGAACAUUAUUCCAACUAAUAGCACUAGUAGCUGUUUUUACGUAGAGAACUUCGUGUUACCAUGGUUACUAAACCUGGCUACCAUUACUUAUCGUGACUACUAUUAGUGUUAUCUAUUGUAACUUGUUCAUUUAACAAUGUUUUGAAAGGGAUGAAGUCUAGCUAUUUAGUUAGUGUCUAUGUUACGACUUUAGGUUUUUGUUUACAAAUUGUGGUAUAAAUUGGCAGAUUAGAUAAAAUUACUUUUCGAGGAGGUGGAGGCUAGGGCUUGGUAUGGAAGUUUAAAUAAGUUCUGCUCCAAAAUGGGGUGAUGGACA